AUGACCCAAUCUCGAGCCACCAACGUUCCUCUCUUCCUCGUAUUCCGCAUCGCUGCCAUGAUUCUGUCCUCGAUGCGCCUCACAGGGAUCGAAGUGACGAUCACCACGUUGAUCCUCCAGUACACAACAUUCUUCGCAUUUGGAGGCUCGAAUGCGAUCUCCUCAGUCGACCUUUCGAGUGCCUACAACGGAGUCGGCAGCUAUAGUGUGGUGAUGGUGGGAAUUCUGACGUUCGUCAGUAACUGGGCAGGCCCAAUCUGGUGGGUUUCUGCAGGCCAUCUGCUUCGACCCCAACGAGGCUCGGAGGAUCACAACGCGGCAUCGCUGCUAACAUUCCACAUUGCCACCUCACUAAUGUCCGUCAUGGCAGCUUGUACUGCUUUGCGAACACAUUUGUUCAUUUGGACGGUGUUCUCGCCCAAAUAUUUGUACACGAUGGCGUGGGCGACCGCCAACCAUGUGGCAGUGAACCUGCUGGGUGGUGCUGGCCUCUCCUUUCUUCGAUCUCGGAAAUGA